GGGCGCCUUUGCCGGAAGUCGGUGACACUUCCGCUGGGGACUACACCUACAAAAUCGAAAAGCUGAUGACAAGACAACUGGAAUGGAGGCGCUGAACAGGAGGCGUGCUCGGGUGGCAUUCAGCUACCAACCCCAGAACGAGGAUGAGCUACAGUUGGAGGUGUCGGAUGUCAUUGAGGUGCUCGAGGAGGUUGAGGAAGGCUGGUGGAAGGGCGUGCUCAAGGGCCGCAUAGGUGUGUUCCCCUCCAACUUUGUUGUGCUCGAGGACGCAGCCCCCGCCUCUCCACGCGCGGCCUCCACGGCCACUGCCAACAACCAGACCCGCUGGGGAAACUCCGUCACCUCCGACUUCCACUCCGAUAAGCCGGAGUCCUCGGGAGACGUCACAGGUGACCACUCGCUAGCCUCGUUAGAAAUCAAGCCCAAGCCAGUCGCCAAAGGCAUCGGAUUCGGCAACAUCCUGCCGGAGAACCGCAUCAAGGUCAAAAGCAAAGUCACUGACUCGCCCAAUGACAAACGCGCUUUGGGGCCCAUGAAGAAACCUGCACCCCCUGUGCCAUCGGAAACGUCAACAGAAGCCCCAAAGUUGCCUCCCAAGCCAGUACGGGAGCAGGCCAAGGUGCUGUACGCGUAUGAGGCGCAGAACGAUGACGAGCUGACGAUCAAGGAAGGAGACGUGAUCACGGUUUUGACAAAGGAAGUGGAAGACAAAGGCUGGUGGAAAGGGGAGCUCAAUGGCAGAGUCGGCGUGUUCCCGGACAAUUUCGUCAAGCUCAUAAAGGAGGAGGUUCCGCAGCCUGUAAAACCUGAGCGGCCCGAGAAGCCCCCGGUCGGCAAGAUGGCGGGCAAGCCCGACCUGCCCGACAAGCCUGCCUUCCAGGAGUAUGGCAACAGCUCGGACCGGCCCAUCUCCAAAGUGCCUCCUUUUAAGCCUUCCGAAAUUUCUAAGAAAGCACCAUCAUUGGCCAGCGCAGCAGCGGCGGAAGAGAAAGGCAAGGCACCUGCCCCUCCCCCUGCGACCUGCUUGGCAGCAGCCAAGAAGCCCUUUGUCCUGCAGUCUCCACCCACCUCGGCCAGUACCGCCCCCAAGAAGCCCCCGCCCCAGUGGCCUUCCAUGGAUGCAGACGUGCCUCCUCCCUCUUCCCCACCCCCUUUGCCACCUUCCAGCCCCACCCCCACUGCCACGCCCACUUCCACUCCUGCCUUACCCUCGGUUGCACCUCCCUUGUUUGCCGCUAGGAGAACUGAAGGGCAAACAAAAGAGGCCGCUCCUGUGCCCGCCCCAGUGUAUGCCCAAGUGAGGCGAAUUAUGGCCAACGGAGUCGCAGACUCCAAGGAGUCUCAGUCGUCAGUAGCCUCAUCCAGCAAGGAAGAGUACUCGGAAGCGACAUUUGACAGCAUCGAGCCCUCGGAGAAUAAGCUGAACCACCCCACUGCCAACCGUGUGCGACCUCCCAUGAACAGGAGGCCUCCUUCUCAUAUAACGAUCGUCAAGGAAAAUGGCAAUGAACCAAGCGAGCAGCAGCCAGCUUGGAUGAAGGACCUUGGAAAGAGGCACCAGGCCAAAUUCUCUAGUCAGUCUACAUUCGAGGGCAAGGAUGUGAAGAUUGCAGGCAGCCCAGAAAAGGAGCUUCCAAGCAGACUGUAUCCACAGAAGUCGCCACCUUCUGCACACAAGCCCCUGGCCGGUUCCGUCAGAGAAGGGGACUGCCAACUACGCAAGGGUGAAGGCGAGCGACGGCGGGAGGAAGAGGAGCGGUUGUCGUCUGAGGCCUUCGCAGAAGUGGCGAGAAGGCGUAGCUGGGCGGCAUUGCAUGAAUCAGCUGUGCUGUCGCGUAGCCCGAUUACAAAGGAGUCCCCAGCGGUGACAGCAGCACCUGUAAUCCUGCGGAGCCAGAAGGGCAUGUGCUCAGCCGACGGCGAUGCUGUACAGGAGCUCAAGAAUGAGCUGAAGGUUCUUCGCGAGAACUGCGUUCCCAAGGAGGAGCUCAAUAGCCUCCAGCAGCAGAUCAAUUCCCUCAAAGAAACCGUGGAGUCCAAUCGGAACCAGUACAGCAAGCUGGUGCGCGACCUCAUGGCCGAAAUCGACGAGGAGAAGAAACUGCGCAUGACCCUUCAGGUGGAGAUAGACCGUCUCAAAAAGCUGACCCUGACCGUCUGACCCAGCGCGGUCUGACCAGUCUUCGCAGUCCAACCAGGCGUGCGCAACCUUCCCGUCUGAGGGCAAAGGGAGCCCCCAGCACACCUUCCACCCUCCAGUCAACUUGUCGACUCAGCACUGCAACACCAGUGAAUCCUUUCCCCCUUCAGAAUCUCGGGAAGCGCAUAAGCAUUUGAACGGGGGGUUGCCAGCGGGCGGCUUCAGGGCAUGUAAAUUUUUAAGUAUUAAACUUCAGCUAAGAGCAAGUAUUUAUGAAUAGAAGUUGCGCCAAGCUUUCCGAAAUGCUCGCAUCAGUGGCCGAGUGCUGCAGUAGUGUUUUAUUGUGCAAAGUUUCAGUUGAUUCUUUCUUGCAUUUUUAUUAUUAUGGUGUAACAAUUUUAGAGGAAACCAUGGUGUUCGGUACAGUCAGCGUUGAUUUCGAACGGUACUUUAACCUUAGCCUUCACUUAGUGCAAGUGAAGAAAACUGGGAAGGCAUUAGCAUGAGUGUGUGAGGCUGUCGAGACAUCAGCCAUGCUCUUAUUGCGGUGGUAAUUAACAUUAUGAUGAGCAUUCCCUUUAGUCAAGACAUUAGGGGCCAAAAAGAACGAUGCUGCCUGCAAUACAAUGCCAGAUAGUGUCACCGAGUAGGCUCUCGAGCAGAAGUGGCAGUCCCACCGUACAGCUGAGCACAAAGGUUACAGCUGAAAUGCAGUUAAUUAUCUUUUCUUUAUAAGAAAACUGAAGUGUGUGUAAAUGGGUUCAUGUGCUAAGACAUGCUUUUAUGCGCACAUAAUAGUACCAUACUACCAUUGCCAAUUUCGUGCCAUUUAACAAUAACACGACUACCACUACCACAAUGCCGGCAACCACAGUUGUCACCGCAUUUCGCUUUUAGCGAGCCUGUCGCAUAGUAUUAGCUCUGGUAAUGUGAUUUCGGUGAGAUUUCGAUGCUUGCUGCGAAUUCAGCGUGGAUCGAAGGACUUAAGGAUGUGACUGCAGCUUGUGCGGGAGCUUUGCUGCAUAACCUUUAAUAAAAGUGCAGUACCGAGUCCUCACUUUGCCUCAUUUCAAGCCCUUUAUUCACUUCUGCUGAGUAUUCUGUACAGUUCAGAGAGCUAGAAAUUGCAGCAAAGUACUAUGGAGGUCAUAAGAUGACUUCUUUGUUCCAACUAUACCUUGUAUAGCGUGUUCUCAUUGUCGGCUAGAUGUAAUGCUGGUUUUGAGCGAGCUGGCCUUCGAUGUAAGUGCAGUGGUCUGAAUUUCUUAUUUCCAAGCGGAAAUUUAUGCCGACAUCAAUGCAUCUCCUUUUUUGUUUUUACAUAGCUGAAUGCCUUUGUCUUCUACAUGCUAUACACAAUCUGCUCAUUCUCCUGUUGUUUUUUCUGCCUUUUGUACGCACAUGUAUAAGCUUCAUGAUGUAUCUCACAGCGGUAUUUGUUGAAGGGAGCUUUAUCCUUCAGUAUAAAUGUUGUUUCAGUUCGCUUUGCUUGGAUGCAGGUGUAAUAGGUAGAGCAAUUAAUUCUUAUUACGUGUAUUUUCUGUGUGAUUGAAGAAGUGUACAUUUUCCAUCUUGCUUGAGAUACUGUGACCACUGGUAUGGUAUGGAUUUGAUGCUUAUAGUUGGUGAAAACCAAGUAUUUCAGCGAUAAAAAUAAGUAAUUGUCACAGAUAAGAUACAGUGACUGAUUAUACAUGAACUACGCAACCCACAUUUAAUCUAUCUCUCUACAUUACGGGGAAGUUUUUCAAGGACGAUGUAAGCUCCUGCUGAAGUAACUGCUUACGACAGUGUUCCACACUUCAUAACAGUCGCAUCACAGGUGCACGACUCAGCCCAGUGUUAUAUUUGUACAGUGACACUGGUAAUCUUCUUCUGUGCUGUAAAAGACUAGCCAUCACGUACAAGUGAUCAUCAUAAGAGGUCUGGUUUGCCAGUGCCAUGUGGUCUAUUUGCCGACUACAUACGAACACUGCAAGACCCACUGACUUUUCAAACUUUUGAUGUGGCCUGUACGCACAAUAGCUUUCAUUGUCUGUGUGGGGCAGAGGUGAAAUUUUGAUGUCAGCGCCCAUGAGAACUGCAUUUUUAUGGGCUUGGCACACAGUGGGCAUAGACAGUUCAGUUUUUGGAUGAAGCUGUUACUAAACUGCUGGGCUGUCACCAGGUAUCAAUAGGGAUCUAAAUUGCUCAUAUUGAAAGUCGUCUUGCCACUUCUUUCUGUGAUGUGUGCGUAAUGUGAUGUGUGGCGUACGACAUUUUUCGAGUGAAUGUGUAGUGGGUUGAUGAGCGAGUGAGCCAAAUACGUGGGGCUGAUCACAGGGUCUGCAGCGUUUCUCCAACGUUGCAGGCAGCGUUGAUGUUGCUGUACCAAUGGAAGAUUCCUCUGUCUUUUCUGAACGGGGUUUGCACCUUAUGUGUUGUUAUGUGCCGUAAUUGAAUGAAUUAACAAGCACAACAGCAUUUAUUCUCUCUUCAUGUGUUUGAUUCACCAUGGGAACACCUGUAUAUAUAUAUAUAUGGUAAAUUGUUUUCAUUCAUUUUCAUAAUAAUUCGUAAUGUCCUGCAAAGUACCGUAGUAGUGUGCUUGCAGUGGCCUUCUUUUGAUAUUUUUUUACUUUCCCAGAUUUUUUGGCGGUGCCAGCAUCUAUUUUUAAAUUGUCAGCUCAGUGCUUUUCAAUUAUAUCUUCUUCCAGAAAUAAGUAAUAUGGUACGGUGCCUUGCUGCAAAUCCUCUCAUUUUAAUUGUAUUUUGACAUGGCAUCGUUCAGAUAGGACAUUGGUCCUGUCAUAUCUUAUGUCAUUCUUGCAUGGUCGGGAACAUCAGCAUGGUGAACGUGUAUAGUGGUGAACACUAGAGAAAAUGAAUUUUAGGCUUAUUGAGUUGUUACCCCAAUUCGGUGCAUUUCAUUUAUUCUGUGGACUCUCUCAGUAUUUCUGCAUCAUGUCUGUUGUCAUGUCGUGAAUGGCUCUGUUUCUUUUUAUCCACUAUGAAUUGCGGUCUUCUAUGUAUCCUGGGUAAGCCGUGUGAUUUGUGAUACGUUUGGGUUCAUGUAGCUUGUUAUUGCUUUCUUGUGGCCUCAUACGAAACUGUGAUGUCAGGUCCACAGAUAGCAUGCUAGGUGCAGUAGAGCAGCAAGGCUUUUUAAAGAACCUGGAUUGCAGAUUCAUUGAACAGAGCUAGAAUCCACAUCAAGAUGGCUCUGUGAGGAGAGGCAUAUUAAAAUGUAUUAUCUAGAUUAGCAGCCUACGAUGCACCAGUAUUGUCCUGCUGGUCUGUGCCACUCAUUCUGCAUUUUUUUGAAGUGCUCUUUUUUUAUAAAGCACUGGGACUAAAACAAUAUUGCGGAGCAGGCUUGCCUUGUGGCCUGAGCGGCUUAUCUUUUGUACGACCAAUUUAAUUUACAUACAUACCGUCAUUUUACAUGGCCUCUGUAUGGCUUUGGAACGAGUUUUUCACAGAAGUGCAUGUUUUGGGACUUCUAACGGAAUUUUUUGAAAAACUUUUUACUCAGUAACACUACUUUGAUAUUCCAAGAAAAAUCGUGUUUCUGUGAGUGCAAUGUGAUUUCUUUCUUUCCGUAAUGGAAUUUAUGCAACGACUUGUACCACAUUUUGUGUGCCUGGCUUGAAAACCACGUGUAACUCAUUGCUGGAAUGAUCCUCAAUUGUGUAUCCCGCGACAUAGUUCUUCAAUAUUCAGCCGUCACCGACUUGUGCAAGGCUUUUGAGGUAGUAGAUUUGCAUUUAUUUAUUGCACCUUGUGAAAAUGCGCAAAAUUGUAGAACUUGCACUCUACAUUGCAGCAGUGACAAAUGUUUAUCGAUGCAUUGCUUAUACACAGCACUAUUGUGAAAGUGCAGCCGUCACCACCUCAGCUGUGUUUUAUGCUUCAGGGUGAGGCACUGGAAGUCUUUCUGGGAAGAAAACUCUUGCAUUUUAAUCUGUUCCCUAACUGCCUAUUAUUUACAGGUCAUAAAAACACUAAUUGCCGUAUUUAUAAAUGGUUACCAACAACCUUAGAGUAUGAUGCUUCGAAGGUAGCAGCGGUACUCAUUCACUGUCAUAUGCAUACAGUUGGCAAAGAUCACAAGGCCUGAAAAAUGUUUGUUACCGCAAACAUUUAAUUUAAAGGGACACUAAAGACGAUGUUGAUUGCAGAAAUAGCGGUCCAGAAACCUCGUAGUGCUAUUUUUGUGUCAAGGAAGUGCUUAUUUUGAAACAAAAUCGUGUUUUAGUGGUCCGCAUCACGUUAGCACACUGGAAACUUUCACAUUACUGUCAAAGUGGAAACUUUUACCGUUGUCGUGCAUGUUGUUUGGCUUUACAGCACGGCCACCGAAACUAGUAGCAGCAGAGCGAAAGUAGCGGGAGCCACUGCAGCAACAACGGCCAUUGAACGAUUUUCUGCCAUGGCCUCCGAGAUGGCAGACGUGCUUGGUUCAACUGGGCCCCGCUAGAUGACACAAUACGUCUAGUUUAACCAGGCGAAAAUUGAACUUUUGAACCACUUGCGCCAUUCCCCAUAGUAACGUAUUGCAGUUCUUUUCAUGAAGUCAAACAGAAACAAACAAGCAGCAUUUUGUUAAGUCUUUAAUGCACGGAAGGUUCUUUAUUUAGUGUGGCUAGUUCGGUUACUAGUGAUUAAUUGUAGGUGGUAACUGUGAUGUCAUCGGGAUCAUUUACAAAUGUCCUACUUGUAGAGCACGUGUUCUUGUGCAUUUACGUUAAUUUCUCGGUAAGUAGGGCACUGCUGUUGAUAAUAUUGUCGUUUUAGACGUUAUCAUACAUUGAGCUUUCACUACGACAAAUUUUUAUUUGACUUUAGUGUCCCUUUUAGCGCAUUAUCAUGUAUUGAGAUGUAUUCAUAGGAGAACUCAAUUGAACCAUGGUGAUCAAAGUUUUGCUUUUGUGAAGGUCUCAUGGCACAUAAACUUUUUACGAAUAACCUAACAGUAAUCUGGCGGAAGAUUUUGUGACUGGAGCUAUCUUUAAUACCUGCCAUGGACUCCUGCACAAUGCCUUUAACAUUGUGUUCACUAGUGCUGCCAAAAGUUAGAUGUUACUGGAGCUCUGUGGAGUGCAAGCUGCAAGUUUUCAUGUUCUCGCUGAUAUUGUGCUCAUCUCACAGCUGUUCGUAUACGCGCACACCUCUGGCACUGUCAACGUGACUGAGUGACGUUGCCGGCACUAUCGGCGGGAGUGCCCGUUUUUUUGCCUGUGCUGCCCAUUUCAGCGGAUGGACGUGUGUGCAACUGCCUAGAUGAUGCCAGCGACUCUCAGGAUGUUGUGUGUGUUGCGGAAAUGUAGCUACUCUGUGGUCUGUGGGCCCAUGAUGACAGCAACACUGGUUGCACCCUGGAGCUAGAAAUGAGUCUUGUCUUGUACCCAUGCGAAAAAUUUACAACUGGCGUCUCCACACUUUCAAAAGCAGGUAGCUAUUUUUAGGAUCGUUACUACAGGAUCGAUACAUAUUUUUUUUCAGGGCCAUUUUUUUCCAGGCUUUCCAUGUGCAAUCAUCCCACUUUUUCUUUGCAUCCGGUUGCUCCAAUUGUUUAAAUUUAACUUUUAUGUAUGUUGUGCAUAUAACUUGGUUUAGUGACUGAACUUGUGGCUUAUAUUUGAGGAACUUGGCUACUUCACUUGGAGCUGUGCAUUGCAAGGAUCGGUGUACUGGGUCGUUCUUGCCCUGUACUUAUCAGCUCUGCAAAUCAUCAGCUGUUGAGUGCUCACAUUUUUUGUUUUUAUAAAAGUGAUGGCUUUCAAACGUGUAUCCACCCAUUAUUGUGAUCUUAACAUUCCGUAUAAAGAUAACCGUACAAACGACAAGUUUUAACACAAGGGCAUAAAUUUAUGGGGGGCGUAUGUAUCAUUCACACUAUUCUUUAUUCAAAAAAAAAAAAGUUAUGGGAAUGUCCUAAGCAUCAUUCAUCCUUGUGAGCUUACCGAUAUGUAUGAGGCGCUAUUAGAUGUUCCUGUACUUGAAUAGUCUAGUGAGUGGUUCAGGAGAUAGUAGGUCUCUUCUGCAUCUUGUUACAGAGCUAGCUUGAGCAUAUACAGAGGUACAUAUCCAUUUGCAGCCAAACAUUGGCGCUGGAGUCUCGUCUACCUGUGAACGUUUUCUACAGUAUUUAUAGGCAACAUGUAAGAUUGAACGUGUAAUUUGGAUUUUAUGAGGCAAGCGGAAAGCAAGCCCAGCCUUUUUAUUCUUUCACACCUGUUUGUUGCAGACUAUUACCCAGUGUGGUAUCUGCUACUCAAAAAAUUUUUAGCAUUCACUAGAAAAAUUGCCUGCUUUCUGUGGGUAAUAGUGUUUAGCAAACAAACUGAGCAGUGUCCCUUGAGUUUUUCCCUUAAAGGUAUGCCAAGUUUUGGUGAAUUCAACAAGGCCUAAAAGCCGCUUGUUUCACGAGCAAUAGUUUUAGGGGCAAAAGUGUGCCGGAGCAAAAUAAUAGAUUAUAGUUCUUAUUCUGUCUUAUUUUAUUGCCUAUCUGUGAAUACAUUAUAUUCCAAAGCAACCAAAAGUUGAAUUCCACGAACUUGGAAAAAAAAGUUUUUAUUGUUCCAUCACUACGAAGUCACUACACUGAGUGCAUAGUUCUCAAAAGUGCAAGUUUAAGCGAUGCUUGCAUGACUCUUGCAUCACUCUGGACUGGUUUGUACCUUCAGUGAUUCUUUAAGAACUACUGUUUUACACUUCUAAAUGUCAUUUACUUGCACUUGAGCAUUGUAUUUGGUAGCACUUUGGAUUGGAUUGUAUCCUACUCCAAUAUGCUGCACUGAAUUCUGUGAAAGAUGCCUCCUUAUUUCGUAGAAGUACUACUUGCGGUUCUUGUGGCCACCUGUGCUGUGAGCGUGGCAUCAGUUUCAUGGUACUUAAUAAAACUUCAACAUGUUCCUACAUUCCACUCAGUCGAAAUGGGUUUCUUAAUUACCAGGUGCUAGGAGAAACACGGUUGAGAAAAAUAAAGGUGGCCCUGAUGUGCUAUAGCUCAAACGGGCAUCCUAUUAUGGGACACGAUAUUAGUGUGCUAAAAAGAAGCUAUAUUGCCAAUGACUUAGGUACGUUGACUUACGUUGUUAGAUAGUUAUUGUAAUAUUUGUGAUGCAAUUUAGCAAUAAAGACGUGGGUACUGGUCUAGUUGGCGUGUAGAGCUGUGAACAUUUUAUGCCAUACACCAACUUGUGUGUUGCAUUGUAUGUUACUGUAUACGUGUGUGUGCUAGCUUUGGUUUUUAGUAUCACUCCGUCGUUCUUGGCUGCACUAAUCUGUGUCCACUUGUACAACAGUGUUCUUGUGUUUUGCUCAUGUAUUGAAUCAUGUGUUCGGCACAUGACUAAAGCGGUCAAGACAGAAUAACAGUAUUGCUGAAAAGCAACUUCAGCUGUCUUGGGUAGGCACAAGCAUGAGUGUUUCUUACCAGAUUUAUUUCGCUAGAUGCUGUGAACCGUUUCUCAGGCUGUCUGCUUUUAUUUAAGCCCUGCUUUUUGCACGGCCCUUCUGAAAGUGCGUAUUUUAUUUAAGAAUCUGCACUGUUGUCGUGGCUUGUACAGCUUGGCGAGCUUAAGGACUUAAGAAUCCUCUCCUCUGUACAAGAAUCUGCCUCUACUUUUUCAACUCCACCAAGCUUAGGACAGUACUGCCUUGAACUUAAGUAAGGACAAUUUGGUUAUGCUGCUUGUUGAUUAUUGCAAUAAUGAGUAGCUUGAAAGUAUAACUACUUUAGUGCCUUUGAGUAAACAAUUAGCUCUGUUAAUGAAAUAGUAACUAGCGAAUUGCCGGGGAGCGUCAUGAAGUCCAAUGUCAACUUUAGUUGAUGGCAGUGCAGUCCUUUGCUUGUUAAGUUGUCAUGAACACACAAUUAGAAGAACUUGUAGAAUGUGGCAACGUUUGUUUGCUGAUAUUGCUUGUAGUGAUAGUAUUAUGCUGUCACACAUCAAAGUCUAAGCAAACUUCACUCGCUUCACUUCCUCGAAAUGCUGCUUCUGCGUGGCCAAGUGAAUUGUUGCACGUAGUUCAUUAACGGAUUGUGUGUCGCACGUCUUUUUUAUAUGGCUACAGUACUGUUUUAGUUGCCAAGCAUUUCCCCCAACGCUACAAUGAAAAUGGAAGCAGGGCACCUCUCCCCUCCCCCACCUCCUUUUUUUUUCUGUCACAAGAAAGCAUACACAGUGUGACAAUCCACUGAGCUCAGUCUAUGUAAUAUAAUAGAUUUAUAUAUAUAUAUGAUAAAGAGAAGAUAUGUAGGUGACCUGAAUGUGUAGCCCUUUCGUACAAAUAAAUGUUAUAACCACUGAAUGAAA